CAUAUGCCAGGUGAUCUUGACGAGUGUAUCGUUUUCAUCCUGCAACAUUCUUGUCGAUCCUGCUCCAUACAUAAAUGCUUGUGUACAGGACCUAUGCCGAUGUGCAAGUAGUUCAACUGGAUUCUGCCUCUGUAAUACAUUCACAGAAUAUUCCCGUCAAUGUGCUCAUGCUGGGGGCUUCCCAAGCAACUGGAGAACUUCUGAUUUGUGCCCAUUACAAUGUAAAUACACUAUGCAGUACAGAGAAUGUGGAACAGCUUGUCCAGAUACCUGCACCUAUCCUGACCGCUCAUUAUCCUGUGACAGACACUGCACAGAUGGAUGCAUUUGUCCAGAUGGAACGGUGUGGGAUGACAUUAACAACACUGGGUGCAUUCCUAGUUACCAGUGUUCCUGUGUCUAUAAUGGAAAGAUAUUUAGCCCCGGAAGUUCCUAUUUUGCACAGUGUCAGUCAUGCACAUGUUAUAGAGGAAAAUGGAGAUGUGUUGACCGAGAUUGCUCUGGAUCAUGUUCAGUUAUUGGAGGAUCUCACAUCACCACCUUUGAUUAUACUCGUUACAACUUUUUCGACAACUGACAACAAGUUCAGCGUGGUGGGAGAAUUGAAGAAGUGUGAAAUUAAAGACACUACAACUUGUUUAAAAAGUAUUGUUAUCUCUUUAGAGUAUGGAACUGAGAUCAUUGAAAUUCAGCCUACUGGCAGUGUAAAUGUGAAUAGAAUCUUCUCCCAGUUACCAGUCUCAUCAGCAAUACAAAAUAUUGAGGUGAUAUUUCAACUCAAGUAA